AUGGCGAUCGAAAGACUUCUCACGGUGGAUGUCAAGGUGGAUGAUAACAGGAAACCUUACAAGGCUUUCAUGUUUGCGGGACAUAAGGUAUACAAAGUUGUGGAGGCCGACAACAAAGCAAAGGCUGUCUGGGUCAUGUCUCUCAGGGACAAAAGCCCAGCCAUGGUGAUUUCUUUUAACUCGUGGAAACCUGCAGGGAUCAAGAAGUAUGAGAGUCCACCACCACCGCCAUACAAGUAUGAGUCGCCACCACCCCCUCCAUACAAGUAUGAGUCACCACCGCCGCCACCAUACAAGUAUGAGAGUCCACCGCCACCGCCAUACAAGUAUGAGUCGCCGCCUCCGCCACCAUACAAGUAUCAGUCACCACCGCCGCCACCAUACAAGUAUGAGAGUCCACCACCGCCGCCAUACAAGUAUGAGUCGCCACCACCGCCCCCAUACAAGUAUGAGUCGCCACCUCCGCCACCAUACAAGUAUGAGAGUCCACCGCCACCGCCAUACAAGUAUGAGUCGCCGCCUCCGCCACCAUACAAGUAUCAGUCACCACCGCCGCCACCAUACAAGUAUGAGAGUCCACCACCGCCGCCAUACAAGUAUGAGUCGCCACCACCGCCCCCAUACAAGUAUGAGUCGCCACCUCCGCCACCAUACAAGUAUGAGAGUCCACCGCCGCCGCCAUACAAGUAUGAGUCGCCGCCUCCGCCACCAUACAAGUAUGAGUCACCACUGCCGCCACCAUACAAGUAUGAGAGUCCACCGCCGCCGCCAUACAAGUAUGAGCCACCACCACCGCCCCCAUACAAGUAUCAGUCGCCGCCUCCGCCACCAUACAAUCCACCACCGCCGCCAUACAAGUAUGAGUCGCCACCACCGCCCCCAUACAAGUAUCAGUCGCCACCGCCGCCAUCAUACAAGUAUGAGUCGCCGCCUCCACCACCAUACAAGUAUGAGUCACCACCGCUGCCACCAUACAAGUAUGAGAGUCCACCACCGCCACCAUACAAGUAUGAAUCGUCACCACCCCCUCCAUAUUACUAA